AUGACCCGGCAGGUGUCCCGCCACCCCCUUGCCCGCCCCUUGCUGCAGGCCACCCCCUGCCCGCCGCCCCUUGCAAAGGCCAGCACACUUGCCCCCGCCCUUCACCUUCAUCAUUGUCCAAUCACACUCGUCCCUCCUGCCCUCCUCUCAUCUCCGCCCUCUCAUCUCCGCCCUCUCUCAUCUCCGCCCUCUCUCAUCUCCGCCCUCUUCUCAUCUCCGCCCUCUCUCAAUCUCAUCUCGCCCUCUCUCAUCUCCGCCCUCUCUCAUCUCCGCCCUCUCUCAUCUCCGCCCUCUCUCAUCUCCGCCCUCUCUCAUCUCCGCCCUCUCUCAUCUCCGCCCUCUCUCAUCUCCGCCCUCUCUCAUCUCCGCCCUCUCUCAUCUCCGCCCUCUCUCAUCUCCGCCCUCUCUCAUCUCCGCCCUCUCUCAUCUCGCCCUCUCUCAUCUCUCAUCUCCGCCCUCUCUCAUCUCCGCCCUCUCUCAUCUCCGCCCUCUCUCAUCUCCGCCCUCUCUCAUCUCCGCCCUCUCUCAUCUCCGCCCUCUCUCAUCUCCGCCCUCUCUCAUCUCCGCCCUCUCUCAUCUCCGCCCUCUCUCAUCUCCGCCCUCUCUCAUCUCCGCCCUCUCUCAUCUCCGCCCUCUCUCAUCUCCCGCCCUCUCUCAUCUCCGCCCUCUCUCAUCUCCGCCCUCUCUCAUCUCCGCCCCUCUCUCAUCUCCGCCCUCUCUCAUCUCCGCCCCUCUCUCAUCUCCGCCCUCUCUCAUCUCCGCCCUCUCUCAUCUCCGCCCUCUCUCAUCUCCGCCCUCUCUCAUCUCCGCCCUCUCUCAUCUCCGCCCUCUCUCAUCUCCGCCCUCUCAUCUCCGCCCUCUCUCAUCUCCGCCUCUACUCAUCUCCGCCCUCUCUCAUCUCCGCCCUCUCUUCAUCUCGCCCUCUCUCAUCUCCGCCCUCUCUCAUCUCCGCCCUCUCUCAUCUCCGCCUCUCUCAUCUCGCCCUCUCUCAUCUCCGCCCUCUCUCAUCUCCGCCCUCCCUCAUCUCCGCCCUCCCUCAUCUCCGCCCUCUCUCAUCCCCGCCCUCUCUCAUCUCCGCCCUCCUCUCAUCUCCGCCCUCUCUCAUCUCCGCCCUCUCUCAUCUCCGCCCUCUCUCAUCUCCGCCCUUCCGCUCACCUUCAUAGCCGCCCGGCUUGUCUCCAAACGAGUUGA